UCACCUACAGCUGCAAGUAAGAAAGAGCCAUGGUAGAAAGAUAAAAAGCAACCCAACUCAAAAAGUUCCAAAAAAUAAAACAAAGCUGACCCAUUUGAGAAUUACCAUUUCUCUGCAAAACCCACAAAUAUUUUACCUCGAGGUGCAGUAAUUUCAUGUUUGUGGACAAUUCCGGUGGCGCUGCCGCCGUGAAUCUCGGAAAUGACAGUUUUGCUGGCUCAGAUUCAGCUGGUGGCGAUGAGGGUGACCGGAACUCCGCCGGUAACCGGUGGCCGCGUGAGGAGACUCUUGUGUUGUUGCAAGUCAGACAGAGCAUGGAUGAAGCUUUUAGAGACUCUAAUCUUAAAGCUCCUCUUUGGGAUGAAGUUUCCAGUUGCAGGAGCAUAAUGGAUUGCUAAGAAUCAUGGAACUUUUGUUAUGCAGAAAAUUAGGUGAGUAUGGGUACACUAGGAGCGCGAAGAAGUGCAAAGAGAAGUUUGAGAACAUUUAUAAAUAUCACAGGAGAACGAAAGAGGGUAAAUCUGGUAGACAGGAUGGUAAAAAUUACCGAUAUUAUGAGCAACUUGAGAUUUUCGACAAUCAAUCCUCGUAUCCAAUAAAUCAAGACAAACAAACAUAUUCAAUGGAAGGAACAAUGUCUAUGCCUAAACCCACAAGUGGUUCCGUUAUGAUGGCAAAGCCUGUAAGUCAAGUACCUCAUGGUGAUACCCACAUUUCAGGUUUUGAGCUCAUGGACACAUCCACAUCUACCACUUCCUCUUCUGGGGGAGGGCAUGCGAAGAAAAAGAGAAAAUUAAUGGAAUAUUUCAAUGGAUUAAUGAAGCAAGUUUUGGAGAGGCAGGAGAACUUACAGAAGAAGUUCAUAGAAGCAAUUGAAAAGCUUGAGAAAGAUCGUAUGAGUAGAGAAGAAGAGUGGAGGGCACAACAAUUGGCUACAAAGAAAAGACAACAAGGAAUUCUUGCCCAUGAACGUUCCGCUUCUGCAGCAAAAGAUGCUGCUCUUCUUUCUUUCUUGCAAAAGAUUUCAGAGCAAUCACCUCCUUUGCAGUUACCAAUGAACUCAGCUCCAUUGGAAAAAAUUCUAAGUAUGUCGCAACCACAAUACAAUAUUCGUGAGAGUUCACCAGUCACAAAGAGUAUCGUCCAUUAUUCUCCUGGUUUUCCUUCUUCUCGGUGGCCAAAAGCUGAAGUCGAAGCCUUAAUUACAGUAAGAGAAAAUUUGGAUAUGCAAUAUCAUGAUAGUGGAUCAAAGGGAUCGGUGUGGGAGGAGGUUUCGUCUGCCAUGAUGAGGCUUGGUUAUGAUAGAAGCUCCAAGAGAUGCAAGGAAAAAUGGGAGAAUAUUAAUAAGUAUUACAGGAGAGUGAAAGAAAGCAAUAAGAAACGUCGUCAAGAUUCAAAAACAUGUCCUUAUUUUGACAGGCUGGAGUCGCUAUACGAAAAGAGGUCAAAAAAGUUCGACCAUAGUACUUCGGAUAGCUCUGGUUGUAACUUGAAGCCAGAGGACAUUUUGAUGCAAAUGAUAGGCCAUCAGCGAGAACAAGCGAUACUAGAGUCUCCGCGAAAAGAUAUUGGUGAAAGUGAAAAUGUUGAAAGGACCCCAGAAGAUGGUGCGGAUGAUGAUGAGGAUGAUGAUGAUGAUGGUGAUGACGAUGAGAUGGAUGUUGAGUAUCAUGUUGCUACUAACAAGAAUCCUGCAGAGGCAAUCGCUAAGCAAUGAGGCUAAAUGUGUUUUGUCUGAGACUGAAGUGAAUGUGCAACAAUAUGUCAAGUGCUCAAUUGUCAUGAAGUUGUAGGGGCUGAUGACAAUGGGUUUUGUUGUGGUGUAUGGGUACUAAGUCAAGAACGCUCUAAUGGAAGUCAAGAACGCUCUAAUGGAAGCUGAGACCAGGAACCAAUAUCAUGUAGUUUUUUUGUUCCAUCGUACUCUUAUCAGUUUUCGGUUUGAUAUAUGUGAGACCAUUAUGGUGUUGUUAUGUUGUAAUGGUGUAAUUUUGAAAGUCCUCCCAUUGUAUUGUAUCUGUAGAUGUUUUAGUAAUGAAUUACUUGCUAGCAAUAUGAUCUCAAGCAUAAGCUACAAGGUUUGCUCCUUAUA